AUCCACAGCGCAAGUCGCCAAUCAAACAACCCGGUCAGACAAACACAGAGAGAGAGAGAGAGGAAAGAGCGUGCGUCUCAGAUGGAUUAACAGAGACACGCUCGUGAUCAGUGAACGAUCUUCUGCCACUGGACCCCGGAAACGGCCUCCUGAUCACCAUCUAUCAAAGCACAGCGAUUGAGCCUGAGAAUAAACGAGAAGGUCUAUGACACAGGCGCUCAAGAGGCCGUGCACACGAGCCUAAUGAACCAGUUGUACAACUCCUAGUGCCAUCCAGCUCCUUUCUGCGUUCCUCUUGUGCACUGCAGCGUCCCCUACAGGAACAUGUCUGCGGCGCAGACUCAGAAUGACCGGGAGAAGUGCUGGGGUUGUCUGGAAUCGCUCGGCCUCAGCCAGAGGGAGCUGGUCCUAGCGGAGGCCCUGCAGAUGGAGUAUGACGCUCUUGCCCGCCACCGACAGGACAAGGGCCCAGCAAACACUCUACCCCCUGACACCAAGUCAUCGCCCGCGAAGAGCGAGCCCUCCCUGCCUAGACGCGUUCCCAGUCCUCCUUGCAAUAAUUUGCAGCAGGGUGUUUCCGGAUCUGACCCCAUGCUCAACCACGUUCAACCCGGGGUGUCAAACUUCUCACGAUCCAGCGGUGAGUCUCACGGAUUUAGUAAGGAGCCUCGUUACAUUCUGGAUGAAUGGGAAAGUGACUUCGAAGGAACGUCACAAUUGCUGUCAAAAGGGCUGCCAUCUCUAGAUGAGCCUCCGCCACCAGUACCGCCCAGAAAUCCCAUCCCCCAGAACGAUCCGUUCAUUGUCCAUCAAAGCUCAGUCCCACGGGAUGUCAACUUGUUCACUCCUGAGGUGGACCAGCCCAAGCUUUCCUUCGGAGACACUCUGAACUACGAUAACCUCAAUGACUCCCUGAGCAAGCUAAAUGGGGAUUGGCUCUCACCUAAUACAAGCCGGAGGGUAAAUGGGGACAAAUCAGGGAAGGCAGUAGCUCGCAGUAACACCCUUCCUCCUCAGAUUCCUCCCCGCACUUAUUUUACAGCGCAGAAGAGCACUAGAAACCAACGCAGAGUAUCAGUUGAUCCGGUAUCUCUGGGGUCCAGGCCAAAUGGCUUUGGUUACGAGCUCUUUCAAGUUUCUGAAGAGAGGGAUGAAGAAGUGGCGGCCUUCUGUCAUAUACUUGACUUGCUACGAUUGGCGUACCCAUGCAAUGACUACUCAAAAAAUGCAGGCUUUGUUUGGAGUCCAUGUGUGGCACAAGAUGAACUUCAGCAGAGCCUGGGGGUCAGCAUAAAGGUCACGGUUUACAGUGACCACUUCAGAGAACCACUCACAUUCUCUUGUGAUGGUAAGAACUGAAGAUCUUUCAAUUGUUUAUAAUCUAACAAUACAGAUCAUUUAAAUAUUCUAUGUCAACUGUUGAGCUCGCUUAUAAUUGUGGAUAUGGACCAGUAUAUCUCAAGUUUGCUUUUGCCUCUUGUAUUUCUGCUAAGCACUCAGACUCUGGUGAGCUUUGAGUACAUCCAGCAGUGUCUGAAGUUUGACUGGGACAUUCGACUCAUUCUUACCAAACGGAGUUCUGUCAACAUGGAGUUGGGCCGAACGACAGAGGAUGAUGAUACUCUAUCCACCAUGAACCACAGUAUUCUACUGCAAGAGAGGCCAAUCAAACAGACUGUGACCAGGGAGGCACUGACUCUUCUCCUGGAUACCUUUCACAAUGAGGCUGAGUCUUUCCUUUUAUCGGAGGUUGAGUUGCCGUUGCAUGUGGAGCGGUUAGUGCAGUCUGUGAAGGCUUGUUGUACUUCUCUAGCAGCUGUUGAAACACCUGACAUCACUGCUGCCCUAAACCAGCUGCCAGCUUGCCCCUGCAGACUACAGCCUAAAGUGCAAAAGGAUGUCAGUGUCUUGGCGAAGAGAGAAAACAGAGUGGCAAUUGUGGAGAAGUUGACUGCAGCCAUCUUGGAUCUUGUGGAGUUGUACUGCAGCACUUUCAAUGCUAAUUUCCACACUAUGCCACAAAGCAGCAGAUCCACAGCCCCCAUACAGGAAGCUGGCAUGGUCACCAACGUGCUUUCCUUCAGCGUUUAUGCGGCUCAUCGCAUCCCUAUCACAUGGGCUGCCAGCUAUGAAAAUUUCUUCCUGUCCUGUUCUCUUACCCAUGGUGGAGUGGAGCUUUGUGCUCCCCAGCACACCAGUAAACAGUCGGUCAGCAAAUAUCUCUUCCACCUGGUGGUGUGGGACCAGAGAGUUUGCUUCCCCAUCCAGAUCAACCAGUUGCCAAGGGAGUCACAGUUGACAGUGACACUAUAUGCCACCCCUCUACCGCCCCCUGGAGGUGCGGAGGAGAAGAGCAAGCAGAAACGAAGCAUUGAGGCUUUGGGUUGGGUCACCAUGCCCUUAUUCAGCUUUAGACAUGUUCUAACGUGUGGGAGGAAGCUGCUGGGUCUUUGGCCUUCAACCCCCGGGAGUGGAAACGCUCGUUCCAGUAUGCCCAACUUCAGCCAGCCAGACAGUGUCAUCCUUCAGGUGGACUUUCCCACUUCUUCUUUCGAAGUGCGCUUCAGCACCCCCGCUCCUGCAGAGUUCAGCCCCCAGUACGAGUUCUCCCGCCUGGACCAACUCAGCCAGAGGCAGCUACAUGAUGUCUUGCACAAGAAGUCCCUUUUCUGGUUGACUCCAGAGGACCGGCGUCUAUUGUGGGAGAAGCGUUAUUUCUGCCACGUGGAAGCCAGUCGUCUGCCGCUGGUCCUGGCCAGUGCGCCCAGCUGGGAGUGGGCAUGUCUUCCUGACAUCUAUGCCCUGCUCCGCCAGUGGGGAUGCAUGAACCACCUGGACACCCUAGGCCUGCUGAACGCCACGUUUCCAGAUCAAGAGUGCAGGCGGACAGCGGUCCAGUGGAUGGACUCAAUCUCUGAUCCUGAGCUUUUGGACUUCCUUCCUCAGUUAGUGCAGGCGCUGAAGUACGAGUGUUAUCUGGACAGUCACCUGGUGCGUUUUCUGCUGAGGAGGGCCAUCGGGGACAUGCGCAUUGCUCACUACCUCUUCUGGUUGCUGAAAGAUGCUCUUCAAGACUCUCAGUUUAGCGUGAGGUAUCAGUAUCUGCUGGCGGCUCUUCUCUGCUGCUCUGGUCGUGGUUUGAGAGAAGAGUUUGAUCGGCAAUGCUGGCUGGUCAAUAUUCUGGCUAAAAUAGCCCAGCGCGUUAGAGAUGCCUCGCCUUCAUCCAGACAGGCUAUUCUCCGGGAGGGGCUGGAGGAGGUCAAACAAUUUUUCUCUAUAAACAGCAGUUGUCGACUUCCCUUGAACCCGGGCCUGUUCAUCAAGGGCAUCAACAUACAGUCUUGCUCCUACUUCAACUCUAAUGCAGUGCCCCUGAAGCUGUCGUUCCAGAACCAGGAUCCUCUGGGAGACAACGUCAAUGUCAUCUUUAAGUCUGGAGAUGACCUGAGGCAGGACAUGCUGACGCUGCAGAUCAUUCGGAUCAUGAAUAAGAUCUGGAUCCAGGAGGGACUUGAUAUGAGGAUGGUCAUCUUCCGCUGCUUCUCUACUGGACGAGGCAGAGGCAUGGUGGAGAUGAUUCCCAAUGCAGAAACCCUGAGGAAGAUCCAGGUUGAGCAUGGAGUGACUGGUUCUUUCAAAGACCGGCCUUUGGCAGAUUGGCUGCAGAAACACAACCCCACUGAGGAUGAGUAUGAAAAGGCGGUGGAAAACUUCAUCUAUUCGUGUGCUGGUUGUUGUGUGGCCACAUACAUUCUAGGAAUCUGCGACCGCCACAAUGACAACAUCAUGCUGAAGACCAGCGGACACAUGUUUCACAUUGACUUCGGCAAGUUCCUGGGGCAUGCACAGAUGUUUGGCAACAUCAAAAGGGACCGAGCUCCUUUUGUGUUUACGUCUGACAUGGCGUAUGUCAUCAAUGGAGGUGACAAGCCAUCCAGCCGUUUCCAUGAUUUUGUGGACUUGUGUUGUGAAGCCUACAAUCUGAUUAGGAAACAUGCACAUCUUUUUCUCAACCUGCUUGGGCUGAUGCUCUCCAGUGGGAUACCAGAGUUGUCUGAUGUGGAUGAUCUGAAAUAUGUUUAUGAUGCUCUGAGGCCACAUGAAUCAGAAGCAGAUGCCACCAUGCACUUCACCAGGCUAAUCGAGUCCAGUCUCGGCAGUGUGGCUACCAAGCUCAAUUUCUUCAUCCAUAACCUGGCCCAAAUGAAAUUUGCAUCUUCUGAGGAGCGUCCUGUUCUGACAUUUGCUCCCCGUGUCUACACUCUAAAGAGUGAUGGUGUCAUUCGCAGCCUAUUUGUUUGCAGACACAUCAAAACCUAUACUCCAAGCAAAGGCUAUUCUUAUGUUGUGAAAGUGGAGCGGGAAGGUCAACAGGGGUCAACUUUAGUCCAGAGGACAUUUGAGGAGUUCCAUGAACUUCAUUGUAAACUGCAGCUCAUCUUCCCUUCAUCAAAACUACCCAGCUUCCCCAGCCGCUUUGUGAUUGGUCGGUCUCGAGGAGAGGCCCUUGCAGAUAGGAGGAAAGAGGAGCUAAAUGGAUAUGUUUGGCAUUUGAUCCAUGCUGCUCAAGAGGUGGCACAGUGUGAUCUGAUCUACACAUUCUUUCACCCUCUACCAAGAGACGAGCGAGCAGGAAGUGUAGGAACUGUUGUUAAUGCACUCCAUAACAAACCGGCAGGUAUGCUUCAUUUCCUUAUUUGUCUUAGACACACCCACAUACACUUCUUAUGA